AUGGUGAACUUAUCACCAAAUUUGCACUUCUCAUCAAUGAAAACCUUGAAAUCUGUCCAUGUUUCCUCAGAAACCAACCAUACACAAGCCCCCACCAAUUCAUUUUCCAUGCAAAUAUUAGAUUCAUCAGUCCAGAGUUUAGUAAAAUUAGGGAAGCGAAGGCAAAGAUGGUUGCUUCUAUUCACCACACCUAGCCAACAAGGUUUGAACAAUAGAGCAUCAUGGCGCACCCAUUUGGCCAUUUUCCUUGAUUCAACCUGGGUUCAUGUGUUCACAAUCUCAUUGCUUAUUGUAGAUCUCAUCAUCACAACCCUUGAGCUAUCUUCAUCUCUGGUUUCAUGUGAGAGACACAUAAGCAGCGCAGCAGAACAAUGUUUCCAUUGGAUUGGAAUUGGUAUUCUGAGUUUUCUUCUAGCCAAGACCAUGGCUCUACUAGUGGGGUUAGGGUCUUCAUUUUUCCAGCAUGUGGGGUAUGUUCUUGAUGGAGUUGUGGUGAUAGGGGCUAUAUUUUUGGAAGCGUUUGUGGUGAGAAAAGGGGGUGGUUUGCUGGUUGUAGUGAGUUUGUGGCGUGUGAUUAGAGUGUUGGAGAGUGUCUUUGAGUUGAGUGAUGAGGCCAUUGAAGCUCAAAUUGCAGGAAUAGUUUGCCAGUUUGAGGCUCUCAAAGAAGAAAAUAUUAGGCUCUUAGAAGUAAUCUAUGAGAAGGACAAGCUGAUUGAAAUGUUGGAGGAAGAUUUAGAUAACUGUAGGGAUGGAAGCCCUUGCAUAAAUUCAAAAAGAACAUGA